GUAGAUUCUCUGGAUGUACUUUGACAGUUCACGCAUACUGGACUCUCGUUGUCCUCGUACCCCUUACAAACCAACCUCCGAAACUCUUUCACUGGUUAACAUUAGUGUCAAGGGGCUUCACUUCGGUCAGAGAAAACUGUUAUUAUCUGAAAUAGAAUUUCUUACUGCCAUUUUUGACAAGCAAAAGAGCGAUAGUGUUGAAUCUUCUCGCGAGCAGCGCCCCGUUUUAGUAGUGUAUCCCGGAGCUGCCAACGGUUCUCAUCUCCCAAUAUUGUUCUGUUUAUUCAAGGAUGUUCGUUUUAUUUUAAUCGACCCUGCACCAUUCUGUAAGGAGCUGGAAGUGAUUGCAGAGGAUGAGGAUGGCCCUGUGAUUGAACUUAUUAAUGAUUAUUGUACCGAUGAGUUAUGUUUACGGAUUUCAAGAAUGUAUGGCACUCAGUAUGAUCUGUACAUUGUGAGCGAUAUCCGCACAGGAGUGCCGAAAAAAAUGCAAAAAAAUAUUGAGCAUACAGAGAUGAUAUUGCAUGACAAUGCCAUACAGAGAAGCUGGUGUUGGUCUUUGAAGGCCAUAGCCGCUAUGCUUAAGUUUCAUCCACCGUACCCACCUUCGACGGACUUAUCGGUGCAAAAGUGCGAUCUCGAUGAUAAUACCCCCAACGAGAUUGAAUAUUUCGACGGAAUACAACUUUUAGGCGUUUGGGCACCCAAGUCCUCAUCGGAAGUGCGCCUUGUGGUGGAGGGACCGUUCAGCCAUGGCCACAUUGCCAAGACGCGGAAGUAUAACUGUAGAACGCACGAGGAGCAAUGCUAUCAUUACAAUAUAAGCAAUAGAUACGCCAAGGACUGUGCGGCAGAAAGAGUAAUAAUGGAUCGUUAUUUGAAAUGUGUUUCAAAUAAAUACGGAAACAAUAUUACUGCACUAUCGAACCAGAUAAGCAAGGAUUUACGAUUUCCUUUGUUUUGCCCUCUCGAGAAGGACUUUACUGAAGACAACGCCCGCUGGUUAUAUCUUCUGUACUCCUCUCGCAGGAAUAAUAUAAUUCAUCUGUACGAACCCUUCAAGAAUAUCAUGAAGUUUGACACUGUUAAGAGCUUAAUUAAACAAUAUGGCGAAUCCGAAAAGGUUCCAGAGAAUGCUCAGGUAUCUGGGAAGCAGCUGUCAAUUGACUUCUGGAAGGACUUUUGUCGUUGUGAUUUUGAGUCCGCUUAUUCACUCCCCCGUAUUCAAUGGAAAUUUUACGGCCUUUUAGAAUCCAGGUGUACUUCUUAUAAGAGAGAGAAGAGGGGAUCAACAUCAUCUUUUUGUAAUCAAGUCAAAUUUCCCCGAAAGGAGUAUUAAAAAGAUGAAAACUAUAAUUUUAAACACUUA